AUGGCCAUAGAAGAUGCGUCGCAGAAUUGGAUGGGGGUGUCGAUGAAGCAUGUUUCUCUUGUUACUCUUACUUUCCAAAAUUCGGUCCUCAUACUCAUAAUGCAUUAUAGUAGGAUAAUGCCAUUAGCGGGUGGGCAUCGAUAUUUCACAUCAACGGCAGUUUUUCUCAAUGAGAUUAUGAAGUUGGCGGUUUCCUUGACGAUUGCCAUGUACGAUAUUUCACGAACGCUACCUCCUUCUACUCCGGCGACGGUUCUCUUCGAACAAUUGUAUAUGUCGGUGUUUUCUGGAGAUGGUUGGAAAUUGGCUAUCCCAGCUACGCUCUAUACGUUGCAGAAUUCGCUACAGUAUAUUGCUGUGAGCAAUUUGGAAGCUGUGCACUUCCAGGUUCUGUAUCAAUUGAAGGUUGGUUCUGCCGAUUGUAUUCUUACAACAGCAAUUUUCAGUGUGGUCUUACUUCGAAAGGCACUCUCUUCCAAACGUUGGAUAGCUCUUGCUUUGCUCACAAUUGGAGUCACGAUUGUUCAACUACCUGACAGUAAUCCAUCUGCGUAUUCGACCCUUCACGAUCCACAAUCGCGGUUUUAUUUUCCACGCUCCUUUCACGAACUGGGACAAAUGGGCAAUGGGGCGGUGGAAGUGGCAGCCGAGUUGACGAAACGUGGUAUGGAGGGAUUCUCGGAGGGCCUCACAAAACGAUCUGCUACAUAUGAGGGAAUCCAAGAGGACCAAGGACUGGUCAAACCGGUGAUGAACUAUUCGAUUGGUCUUAUGGCUGUAUUGACCGCGGCCGUGAUAUCUGGUCUCACGGGGGUUUAUUUUGAGAAGGUGUUGAAGGAAUCCACGACUCAUGUUACGAUUUGGACGAGAAAUGUUCAGCUUUCUUUCUAUUCUCUCUUCCCGGCCUUGAUUUUCGGGGUAAUAUUUAAGGACGGAGAGCAAAUUGCAAAGAACGGCUUCUUUGAUGGGUACAAUGCCGUGGUGUGGGCUGCUAUUAUUAUGCAGGCUUUGGGAGGGGUCUUGGUUGCACUGUGCAUAAAUACCAGCGAUAACAUCGCGAAGAAUUUUGCGACAAGUAUCAGUAUUAUUAUUAGUUUUGUUUUCAGCGUUUGGUUUUUCGAUUUCAAGGUUUCUCUCAAUUUUCUUCUCGGUACAUCUGUAGUCAUAUUUGCAACAUGGCUCUACAGCGGCCCGGAGAGAAAACGAAAUAGACCUCCGCCGAUCAAUAUUGCGAGUUAUGAGAAGACGACAAUUGAUAAUGGGUUUACGCCAAAGUAUGAAGAGGAUAGGUCGAGUUUGACGUUGGAUCCGUUGAGUGGGUUAAAAGGUCCAGGGGCGGGGGCGUCGUUGUCGACCAGUAGGCCGAGUUCGCCUAUGAGACAUCAUUCGAGAGUGGGGAGUUCGAGGGGGAAGGUUAAGAGGGAUGAGUAA